GGCCGCCCAGGCCGCCCCAGCCCAGCUCCGCGCGUGCACCAUGGCGGGCCCCGCGCCCGGGCGGCGGCUGCGGCUGCGGCCGCUGGCAGCGCUGGCCCUGCUCUUGGCGCUGGCCCCGGGGCUGCCCGCAGCCCGGGCCGGGCAGGCGCCGCGCCCCGCCGAGCGGGGGCCCCCGGUGCGGCUCUUCACGGAGGAGGAGCUGGCCCGCUACGGCGGGGAGGAGGAAGAUCAGCCCAUCUACAUGGCAGUGAAAGGAGUGGUGUUUGAUGUCACUUCUGGAAAGGAGUUUUAUGGACGAGGAGCCCCCUACAAUGCUUUGACCGGGAAGGACUCCACCAGAGGGGUGGCCAAGAUGUCCCUCGAUCCUGCAGACCUCACCCAUGACACUGUGAGCCAGUGCCUUGGCAGCCCCCUCCCCGUUGCGGUCUGCACCCGCCACCCCCAGUCUCUUCCAGAUUUGCUGUGGUCUCUGACACCCACUCGCCAGGCCGCUCAGGGCAUGAACAGGACCGGCCUCACUGCCGAGGAGCUGAAGUCCCUGGACGACGUCUUCACCACGGUGUACAAAGCCAAAUACCCCAUCGUCGGCUACACGGCCCGGAGGAUACUCAACGAGGACGGUAGCCCCAACCUGGACUUCAAGCCCGAAGACCAGCCCCAUUUUGACAUAAAAGACGAGUUUUGACGCUCCAUCUGCGGGAGCGCCUUCUUGAUGGGGCGGGGUGGGGGCGGGGCACGGAGAGCCCUUCAGGUGCCAAAUCUCCUGCAAAAUAGGCUGCCUGAGCCUCUGGUCCCCGGACCUGAAUAAAGCCGACGUUGAACCCGGAACGCCGGAUGCUUGUUAUUGUUCCCGGUCAAGUGUUCUGUCCACGUGCCAUCCUGCCUGCACACCAGCCAGGGUGGGAAGAACGGCCGAAGGGGGCGCCCUCUCGGCGUCCCUGUUGGCUGCCUGGGCAGUGGAAUCACGGGUGACUUAUUUCUUCUCUAUCUGUAUAUUUUCCUGUGCUUGCCAUGUCUCCUAGCAUGACCACGUGUGCUUUAGAAUAAGCACAAAAAUAAACUUCGUGUUUUCACAAGA